AUGGCCUUCGCCAACGGCCUGGGGGACCGCCCCGAGGACCGUCGCUUUCGCAGCCCCCAGUCCCCGCGCGAGGAGUCGACCUUCCCCAGCUUUACCUCGCCCAUUCGCAGCAUCGCCAGCCAGAUGCAGGCCCACACGUCCACGGCGAACGACGCCCGCGGCAGCCUGACGAGACGCUUCACGACCAACACGGUGCCCACCAUGCCCACACUCUCCCCAUUGUCGCCAAUUGGCCAGCAGCGGAGGCAGGCUGCCGAGAAUACAGAGUUGACAUCUGCGACGUACCAUAAAGUGCAGCUGAUAUUCUACCGCAUGUCCACCGCUACUCUUCACCAUCCCAAAAUGUCCACUCUUAGCAAGAACGACAACCUGGCGCCGGUCCAGGUCUCACCUUCUGAUUCAGAGUCCACUGUCACUGCGGACACUACCUCAGACCAGAGUGCUAACUUCCAGAUCUCCCAGCUGGAAAAGAAGAAGGCCGAGUACGAAUAUCUGAAAGAGCAGCGCCGCCGUUUUGAGGCCGAGAUGGAGCUGUACGAUCUCCAGAUCAAGGGCGUUCAGAACGACUACAACCGCCUUUCUCAGGACGUGGGCCGGAACAACAGCAACACCAACAACUACGCUGGUCACCAGAGCGAACCCACUACGCCUCCCGAGUACCGUGACCAAGGCUUUCCCUCUGCUUUCUCUCGUCCUCAGCGCUACUCAAUGCAAAGCAUGACCUCACCCCAGCAGAGCUACCAGUCUGGCUCGACUCGUCCUAGUAGGUCGGGCUCUCAGAUCACCUCUCCCGGCCAGUCCUUCACCCAGGGCAUCUCACACAUCCCCUCGAAGUCCAUGCCUGGCUCCCGCCGUGGAUCUGAUGAGGAAGAGGACAACUACGAGUACGACAUCUCCACCAUGAACCCCCGCUCCGGUGCUGCUCUCAAUAGGAACUCGGUUCCUGUCACCGGUCUUGACUUCCGCCACCGCGCCUCUACAGACCUUCCAGACCUGACCUCGGUUCUCGGUCACAUUGACACCACCCACUUCCUGUUCGGCGACGACGACAACCCUGCAGCCUCGCCUGAUGUCAAGAGUUAUUUGCAGCAGAUGAACUCGAAUGACGACAAGUUCCCGAUCUUGGUCCGUCAGGAAGGUGCGAACAACAUGCAGCUGUCCGCCUCUUCUGCCGCGUUGGACCUCGCUUCCGUCUCCUCGCAUUCCCCCGAUCCUCAGUCAAACGGCUGGCCGACGGCGUCGCGUCACCGCCAUGCCCAGCACAGCCUUCCGGUCAACAACCUGCACAAGUCUAACGACUUCGGUCUCGAUGGUUCUGGUGCCAAUGGCACGGAGACUCCCAGGCGCUCGACCAUCAGCAACCGCCACUCAAUGGAGGUGAGAUUCAGCCCGUACGGCGAUUCCAAGCGCCCUGGACUGCUUGCGACUCCGCCCAACGGCUCCACCAAUGGAAUGCCCAAGCUUCAGUCGUCGUAUUCGACCAACGAUAUUCCUACUAUGAAGAGCACCAAUGGUCUUAACGGCACUCCUGGCGGCAAUGGUGUCAAUUCGCACGCUGAGCAGCACCUCCACAACCACAACGCUAGCAUGGGUCGCAUUCCUAUGAAUGUAGUCAACCGUCACAGCCGCGAGCUGUCUGGCGGUGAAAACAGGAUUGAGGAGCCUAAGGGAGCUGCCGCUUUCCGUUCUAUGGGUUCUGCUCUUCAAGCUAACGCAGCUCCCUUCGGUCCUGCUCUCACCAAUGGAACCAACGGCGUUAGUACGAACGGCUCGACAACGACUGCUGGAGUUUCCUCGCCCACCGCCACUACCAUCUCGUCCUCCAAUGGCAAUGGAAUCACUAGCCCUCCGGUGUACAACAACCCGAACGCUCCUUACUACGGUGGUUAUGGCAUGGCGGUUCUCAACGCGGGCAUGCAGAACAUGGGUAUCAAUGGCCAGGCUCCCUACAACCAGGUCCCGAUGUACCCUCCCUUCAACCCGUAUGGACAGCCUUUCCAGCAGCCUUUCGUCCAGCAGGCUCCUGCUCAGCCUCGUUUCCCGGACAGCCAGGCCCGUGUCAUCCAGCAGCGUCGCAUGCAGAACCAGGAGGACCACAUGCGUAGCACGACGAACUACAACUUCGAUUCUCUUAUGCCUCAUGACAUUGUCGAGUUGUGCAAGGAUCAGCACGGCUGCCGCUACCUUCAGAAGCAAAUUGAGGGCCGCAACUUGGACAUUGUAAAGAAGAUCUUCGAGGCUACCAAGGACCAUGUUGUCGACCUGAUGCAGGACCCCUUCGCCAACUACCUGUGCCAGAAGAUGUACGAGUUCUGCAAUGACGAGCAGCGCACCGCGCUUGUCCGCAACGCGGCUCCCCAGAUGGUUAAGAUUGCUUUGAACCAGCACGGCACGAGGGCUCUGCAGAAGAUGAUCGAGUACGUCUCCACUGCUGAGCAGAUCAACAUCAUCAUCGAGGCUCUGCGUCACAACGUUGUCACGCUUAUUCAGGAUCUUAAUGGCAACCAUGUCAUUCAGAAGUGCCUGAACCACCUUGGUUCCAAGGACUCGCAGUUCAUCUUCGAGGCUGUUGGCCAGUCUUGUGUUGUCGUCGGCACUCACCGUCAUGGCUGCUGCGUCCUUCAGCGUUGCAUUGACCAUGCCUCCGGCGACCAGAGGAUCGAACUGGUUGGCGCUAUUACUGGAAACGCCUACUCUCUAGUCCAGGAUCCCUUCGGCAACUACGUCGUCCAGUACAUCCUCGAUCUCCAGGAGGAGCAGUUCACGGUUCCUUUGUGCCGGAGCUUCCGUGGAAGCGUUCCCAUGCUGUCGAAGCAGAAGUUCAGCUCCAACGUCAUUGAGAAGUGCAUCCGCGUUUCUAACGCUGAGACCAAGCGCCACUUGAUUGAGGAGCUUCUCACUCCUGGUGAACUUGAGAAGCUGAUCCGUGACUCGUACGCCAACUACGUCGUCCAGACUGCUCUUGACUACGCCGAUGCGCCAACCAAGAUCCGCCUCGUGGAGGCCAUCCGCCCUAUGCUCAACGCCAUUCGCGCCACUCCUUACGGCCGUCGCAUCAUGAGCAAGAUCCAGGACUUUGACGGUCGCAUGAGCACUAACUCGAGCGGUCAGAUCACGCCGACUGCGGGUGCUGGUCCGGGACAGAUCGCGUUCCCUGGUUCACUUGGUGCCACUCCUCAGCAGAGUCCUUUUAGUAACAUGACCAACGGCUAUGGCACCAACCUUGCCUCUCCUCAGCCGCACCGCCUGUCCAACCCUCAGGUUCCGACCAACCUUCAGAACAAUGUACAGCAAAGCAUGAACCCUUACAACGGCUCCCCCUUCCGCGGACCGAACCAGCAGAACGGCGGUUUCUUCUAG